UCUGUGUAUAAGAGAGCCAGAAGGCGAGAGAAGGAAGAGAGAGAGAGAAGCAGAAGAGGAGGAGAAAGGCACGCGAGGCGUUUUUUGGUGGGAUUGCCGCUUGCUGGGAAGCCUGGACAUUGGGAAGCAGAGAGAGAGAGAAGUCCUGAUCAUCAUUUUCACCUCGCUUGGCGAAGAGAGAAAUCUGGUGCUGAGAACGGGGAACGGGGCGCUUCCUUUUGAUUUGGGGAUUUGGCGUUUUUCAUGGGUUGGUCUCUGCAUGGCUGAUCCCGCCUGGUUUUAGGAUGAGCCGCGGCCGCUUCCGGGCUUGAUUUAGCGCGAUCCGCACAGCACCCUCCCGGCUUGGGAUCCAGCUGCUGGGCAGAUCGGAACGCGCAGGCGGAGCGGACGGCGAGCCCUGCAGAAAUGGGCGAUGUCACGGGUGCUACAUAACCAUGCGAUGACUCACAGCAUUGUCUACGUGAUGAUUCAGAAAAGCUGCCGUCCUAUAUCCACUUAAACCUAAUGUUCUUCUGGGCUGCCCUUAAAGGAAGAUCCGAUGACACCAAAGAGGGAUUUGCAGAGCUCCAGGCCCCUGCUAUUCUUGCUUCUGCUGUAAUGGAGCCAGGUAAACUGCAAUCAACACAUGUCCAGGUUAAGGCUGCAUACUUCAAGGAUCUUUUGAUGGAUUAUUCCUAGAUCUUUCCAACAGAACAUUCCGAUCUGAUUGCCUCACGGACGCCGUUUCUUUGAUGUUGAAGACAGAGACGAGAGGGCUAUGGAUGUGAAAGAAAGGAAGCCGUAUCGUUCUCUGACCAGGCGCCGGGAUGCAGAGCGCCGCUACACCAGCUCGUCCGCAGAGAGCGAGGACAGCAAGAUACCUCAGAAGUCGUACAGCUCCAGCGAGACUCUGAAGGCUUACGACCAGGACUCCAGGCUGACGUACGGCAACCGGGUGAAAGAAAUGGUGCACCAGGAAGUGGACGAGUACUGCCGAACAGGAGCCAACUUUUCCUUGCGAGAGCUGGGCCUCGAAGACGUAUCACCUCCGCCGCACGGGACUCUGUACCGGACAGAUAUAGGGCUGCCCCACUGUGGCUACUCCAUCAGCGCCGGCUCAGACGCCGACACAGAAGCCGAUGCAGUCAUGUCUCCGGAGCACCCCGUGAGGCUGUGGGGGCGCAACCCCAAGUCGGGCCGCAGUUCCUGCUUGUCCAGUCGAGCCAACUCCAACCUCACCCUCACCGAUACGGAACACGAUAACACCGAAACUGGUCCUCCCUUGCAUUGUUCAUCUGCUUCAUCAACCCCUAUUGAGCAAACCCCCUCCCCUCCCCCCUCCCCGCCAGCCAAUGAGAGCCAGAGGAGGUUGCUAGGCAAUGGGGUGGCCCAGCCAACUCAGGACUCUGACUCUGAAGAAGAGUUUGUCCCCAAUUCAUUCUUAGUUAAAAGUGGCUCUGCGAACCUCUCCCUCCCUUCUAUUGAUCAUCCGCCGAGUCUUCAGAACCACUCCAGGCUCAGAACCCCGCCACCUCCACUUUCCCACGCUCACACGCCAAACCAACAUCACGCGGCCUCCAUCAACUCUCUCAAUCGAGGGAACUUCACCCCGCGAAGCAAUCCCAGCCCCGCUCCGACGGACCACUCCCUUUCUGGAGAGCAGCAAGCUGGGACGCAAGAAUCCACGCACGCUCAGGACAACUGGCUGCUUAACAGUAACAUCCCCCUUGAGACCAGAAACAUAGCAAAGCAGACAUUCCUAGAGACUUUGCAGGACAACCUAAUUGAGAUGGACAUUCUCACCUCCUCCCGACAUGACGGUGCUUUCAAUGAUGGGCACUUCCUGUUCAAGCCGGGAGGCACCUCUCCCCUCUUUUGUACAACGUCUCCGGGAUACCCCUUGACGUCCAGCACUGUGUACUCGCCUCCCCCUCGACCUCUUCCCAGAAGUACAUUUUCUAGGCCGGCCUUUAACCUGAAGAAACCCUAUAAGUACUGUACGUGGAAAUGCGCUGCCUUGAGUGCUAUCAUCAUCUCGGUCACGCUGGUGAUACUGCUGGCUUAUUUUAUCGCCAUGCACCUGUUUGGCCUAAACUGGCACCUGCAGCCGAUGGAAGGGCAGAUGUUUGAGAUGACGGAAGACACGGCCAGCAGUUGGCCAGUGCCAACGGACGUCUCCUUAUAUUCCUCAGGGGGCACGGGGUUAGAGGUACCUGACAGGAAAGGCAAAGGAGCCGGCGAAGCAGGGAAGCCCAGUAGUUUCUUUCCAGAAGACAGUUUUAUAGACACUGGGGAGAUUGAUGUUGGCAGGCGAGCCAUGCAGAAGAUCGCUCCCGGUAUCUUCUGGAGAUCUCAGGUGUUCAUUGACCACCCGGUACAUCUGAAGUUCAACGUUUCAUUAGGGAAAUCUGCUCUGGUUGGGAUUUAUGGCAGGAAAGGCCUUCCGCCGUCACACACACAGUUUGACUUUGUAGAGCUUCUGGAUGGGAGGAGACUGCUAACUCAGGAGGCCCGGAGUCUGGAAGGCCCUCAGCGGCAACACAAGGGCUUUGUGCCACUAGCCAGCCACGAGACAGGAUUUAUUCAGUAUUUGGAUUCAGGGAUGUGGCACCUCGCCUUUUACAACGACGGGAAGGAGUCUGAGGUGGUCUCGUUUCUCACCACUGCUGUUGAAUCAGUGGAUAACUGCCCCAGCAACUGCUACGGGAACGGGGACUGUGUCUCUGGGACCUGCCAUUGCUUUCUCGGCUUCCUGGGUCCCGAUUGUGGACGAGCAUCUUGCCCGGUCUUAUGCAGUGGCAACGGGCAGUACAUGAAAGGGCGCUGCUUGUGCCACAGUGGCUGGAAAGGAGCCGAAUGCGACGUCCCCACCAACCAGUGCAUCGACGUCGCCUGCAACAGCCACGGGACCUGUAUCAUGGGCACCUGCAUCUGCAACCCGGGAUACAAAGGAGAGAGCUGCGAGGAAGUGGACUGCAUGGACCCCACCUGCUCCGGUCGUGGUGUGUGUGUGAGAGGAGAAUGCCACUGCUCCGUCGGAUGGGGGGGAACCAACUGCGAGACCCCCAGAGCCACCUGCCUGGACCAGUGCUCCGGCCACGGCACAUUCGUGCCCGAAACCGGCCUGUGCAGCUGUGAUCCCAGCUGGACUGGACACGACUGCGCCAUUGAGAUUUGCGCCGCGGACUGCGGAGGGCACGGCGUCUGCGUCGGAGGCACCUGCCGCUGCGAGGAAGGCUGGAUGGGUGCCGCCUGCGACCAGCGAUCGUGUCACCCGCGUUGCAACGAGCACGGGACGUGCCGGGACGGCAAGUGCGAAUGCAGCCCGGGCUGGAACGGAGAGCACUGCACCAUUGCUCACUAUCUGGAUAAGGUAGUGAAAGAGGGAUGUCCCGGCUUGUGCAACGGCAACGGCAGGUGCACGCUCGACAUGAAUGGGUGGCGCUGCGUCUGCCAGCUGGGCUGGAGAGGGGCCGGCUGCGACACGUCCAUGGAGACGGCGUGCGGCGACGGGAAGGACAACGAUGGAGAUGGACUGAUGGACUGCAUGGAUCCGGACUGCUGCCUUCAGCCCCUGUGCCAUACCAACACCCUCUGCCUUGGCUCCCCGGACCCCCUGGAUAUCAUACAGGAGACACAGCCCCCGGUGUCGCAGCAGAACCUUUAUUCGUUCUACGACCGGAUCAAAUUCCUGGUUGGCAAGGACAGCACACACAUCAUCCCUGGGGAGAACCCUUUCAACGGAGGCCACCCUUGUGUGAUUCGUGGGCAGGUGAUGACAUCGGACGGGACCCCGCUCGUUGGCGUGAAUAUCAGCUUUGUCAACAACCCUCUUUUCGGCUACACUAUCAGCAGGCAGGAUGGCGGCUUUGACCUGGUGACCAACGGCGGCAUCUCCAUCAUCUUGCACUUUGAGCGGGCGCCUUUCAUCACCCAGGAGCACACCCUCUGGCUGCCGUGGGACCGCUUCUUCGUCAUGGAGACCAUCGUCAUGAGGCACGAAGAGAACGACAUCCCCAGCUGCGACCUGAGCAACUUCGCCCGGCCCAACCCUGUGGUCUCGCCUUCCCCUCUGACGGCGUUCGCCAGCUCCUGCUCGGAGAGAGGUCCCAUCGUCCCGGAGAUACAGGCCUUGCAAGAAGAGAUUAAAAUCUCGGGCAGCAAAAUCAAGCUGAGCUACCUGAGCAGCCGUACGCCCGGCUACAAAUCGGUCCUGAGGAUCAGCUUGACCCAUCCUACCAUCCCGUUCAACCUCAUGAAAGUCCAUCUCAUGGUAGCCGUAGAGGGACGCCUGUUCAGGAAGUGGUUUGCUGCCGCCCCGGAUCUCUCCUACUACUUCAUCUGGGACAAGACUGACGUCUACAACCAGAAGGUGUAUGGGUUAUCGGAGGCCUUUGUUUCGGUGGGCUAUGAAUACGAAUCGUGUCCAGACCUGAUCCUGUGGGAGAAGCGAACGGCGGUGCUUCAAGGUUACGAGAUCGACGCUUCCAAACUCGGAGGGUGGUCUCUGGACAAGCACCACGCCCUCAACAUCCAGAGCGGUAUCCUGCACAAAGGAAAUGGGGAGAACCAGUUCAUCUCCCAGCAGCCACCUGUCAUAGGGAGCAUCAUGGGGAACGGCCGCAGGAGGAGCAUCUCCUGCCCAAGUUGCAAUGGCCUUGCCGAUGGGAACAAGCUUCUUGCUCCUGUUGCCUUGACUUGUGGCUCGGACGGAAGCCUUUACAUCGGGGACUUCAACUACAUCCGUAGAAUCUUCCCCUCUGGAAACGUCACCAACGUACUGGAAUUAAGAAAUAAAGAUUUCAGACAUAGCCAUAGCCCCGCUCAUAAGUAUUACCUGACCACGGACCCCAUUUCCGGAUCCAUCUACCUCUCCGACACCAACAGCCGCCGUGUCUUUAGAAUCAAGUCGAUCACCGUGGUGAAAGACGUUGUGAAGAACUCGGAGGUGGUGGCCGGAACAGGAGACCAGUGUCUUCCCUUUGAUGACACACGCUGCGGAGACGGUGGAAAAGCGACGGAGGCCACGCUCACAAACCCUAGGGGCAUCACAGUCGACAAAUUUGGGUUCAUCUAUUUUGUGGAUGGCACCAUGAUCCGGCGCAUCGAUCAGAAUGGGAUCAUCUCAACGGUGCUCGGUUCCAAUGACCUAACAUCCGCCCGGCCUCUGAGCUGUGACUCAGUCAUGGAUAUCUCCCAGGUCCGUCUGGAGUGGCCUACGGACCUGGCGGUCAACCCGAUGGACAAUUCUCUGUACGUCCUCGACAACAACGUGGUACUGCAGAUUUCCGAAAACCACCAAGUGCGAAUCCUGGCAGGGAGACCAAUGCAUUGCCAGGUUCCGGGCAUUGACCACUUCCUUCUCAGUAAGGUGGCCAUCCAUGCUACCUUGGAAUCCGCCACAGCUCUGGCCGUCUCUCACAGCGGCGUCCUGUACAUCACGGAGACGGACGAGAAGAAGAUCAACCGCAUUAGGCAGGUCACCACCAACGGGGAAAUCUCUCUGGUGGCCGGCGCCCCGAGCGGCUGCGACUGCAAAAAUGACGUCAGCUGCGAUUGCUUUUCCGGCGACGACGGCUACGCAAAGGAUGCCAAGCUCAACGCCCCUUCCUCCCUGGCGGUGUGCGCGGACGGGGAGCUGUACGUGGCUGACCUGGGGAACAUCCGGAUCCGUUUCAUCCGGAAGAACAAGCCGUUCCUCAACACGCAGAACUUGUACGAGUUGUCCUCGCCCAUCGACCAAGAGCUCUACCUGUUCGACACCAGCGGCAAACACCUUUUCACCCAGAGCCUCCCCACCGGAGACUACCUCUACAACUUCACCUAUACCGGAGACGGGGACAUCACCCUGAUCACCGACAACAAUGGAAACCUGGUCAACAUCCGGAGGGAUUCCACCGGGAUGCCGCUCUGGCUGGUGGUACCGGACGGGCAGGUCUACUGGCUGACCAUUGGCACCAACAGCGCCCUGAAGAGCGUGACAGCCCAGGGGCACGAGGUGGCCAUGAUGACCUAUCAUGGCAUUUCUGGCCUCCUUGCCACCAAGAGCAAUGAAAACGGGUGGACGACGUUUUAUGAGUACGACAGUUUUGGCCGCCUCACCAACAUCACUUUCCCUACCGGUCAGGUCAGCAGUUUCCGCAGUGACACGGACAGCUCAGUGCAUGUCCAGGUUGAGACCUCCAGCAAGGAUGACGUCACCAUAACAACCAACCUCUCAGCCUCAGGUGCCUUCUACACCCUCUUGCAAGAUCAGGUGCGAAACAGCUAUUACAUUGGCGCAGAUGGCUCCCUGCGGCUCAUCCUGGCUAACGGCAUGGAGGUGGCCCUGCAGACUGAGCCUCAUCUUCUGGCCGGCACAGUUAACCCUACAGUGGGGAAGAGGAAUGUCACCCUCCCCAUUGACAAUGGUCUCAACCUGGUUGAGUGGAGGCAGCGCAAAGAGCAGGCCAGGGGUCAGAUCACCGUCUUCGGGCGCAGGCUGAGGGUUCAUAACAGGAACUUGCUGUCGUUAGACUUUGACCGCGUGACGAGGACAGAGAAGAUCUACGAUGACCACCGCAAGUUCACCCUGAGGAUCCUUUACGACCAAGCCGGCCGGCCCACGCUUUGGUCUCCUAGCAGCAGGUUGAACGGAGUCAACGUAACUUACUCCGCAGGAGGACAUAUCGCUGGGAUCCAAAGGGGAACCAUGUCGGAAAGGAUGGAAUACGACCAGUCCGGCAGGAUUACAUCCAGAAUCUUUGCCGAUGGCAAAUCUUGGAGCUACACCUACUUGGAGAAGUCCAUGGUGCUGCUUCUCCACAGCCAGAGGCAGUACAUUUUCGAGUUCGAUAAGAACGACCGCUUGUCGUCGGUGACCAUGCCCAACGUAGCCCGACAGACCUUUGAAACAAUCCGUUCCAUCGGCUACUACCGGAACAUCUACAGGCCCCCCGAGGGAAAUGCCUCAGUCGUUCAGGACUUCAACGAGGAGCGGCAGCUUCUCCACACCUAUCAUUUGGGGACAGGGAGGCGGGUCAUCUACAAGUACGGCAAGCUGUCCAAGUUGGCCGAAAUGCUCUAUGACACCACCAAGAUCAGCUUCACUUACGACGAAACCGCCGGCAUGCUGAAGACCAUAAACCUGCAAAACGAAGGGUUCACCUGCACCAUCCGGUACCGGCAGAUCGGGCCCCUCAUUGACCGGCAGAUUUUCCGCUUCACGGAGGAAGGCAUGGUGAACGCCCGCUUUGAUUACAACUACGACAACAGCUUCCGGGUGACCAGCAUGCAAGCGGUGAUCAACGAGACGCCGUUGCCCAUCGACCUCUACCGGUACGACGACGUGUCGGGCAAGACGGAGCAGUUCGGCAAGUUUGGGGUCAUCUACUACGACAUCAACCAGAUCAUCACCACCGCCGUCAUGACUCACACGAAACACUUUGACGCUUACGGCAGGAUGAAGGAAGUGCAGUACGAGAUAUUCAGGUCCCUUAUGUACUGGAUGACGGUGCAGUACGACAACAUGGGGAGGGUGGUGAAGAAGGAGCUGAAGGUCGGCCCGUACGCAAACACGACGAGGUAUUCUUACGAGUACGAUGCCGACGGGCAGCUGCAGACUGUGUCGAUCAACGAGAAGCCGCUCUGGCGGUACAGCUAUGACCUGAACGGGAAUCUCCAUUUGCUGAGUCCCGGCAACAGCGCCCGCCUCACGCCUCUGAGGUAUGACCUCAGGGACAGGAUCACGAGGCUGGGGGACGUGCAAUAUAAGAUGGACGAAGACGGCUUCUUGAGACAAAGAGGGAACGAUGUUUUCGAGUACAACUCCGCAGGGCUGCUCAUCAAGGCGUACAACAAAGCCAGUGGCUGGAGCGUGAAGUACCGCUAUGACGGACUUGGGAGGAGAGUCUCCAGCAAAACGGCCCACGGCCACCACCUGCAGUUCUUCUACGCGGAUCUCACCAACCCCACCAAAGUCACCCACCUGUACAACCACUCCAGCUCUGAGAUAACGUCCCUCUAUUACGACCUGCAGGGCCACCUCUUUGCCAUGGAGCUCAGCAGCGGGGACGAGUUCUACAUCGCUUGCGACAACAUUGGGACUCCUCUGGCCGUCUUCAGUGGGACGGGCCUUAUGAUCAAGCAGAUCCUGUACACGGCUUAUGGGGAGAUCUACACUGACACCAACCCAAACUUCCAGAUCAUCAUCGGCUACCAUGGAGGCCUCUACGACCCCCUCACCAAACUGAUACACAUGGGGAAGAGAGACUAUGAUGUGCUUGCCGGCCGGUGGACCAGCCCGGACCACGACAUUUGGAAACGUCUCAGCAGCAGCAAUAUAAUGCCUUUCAGUCUCUACAUGUUCAAGAAUAACAAUCCUAUCAGUAACUCUCAGGAUAUCAAGUGCUACAUGACAGAUGUCAACAGCUGGCUGCUCACAUUUGGGUUUCAACUGCACAACGUCAUCCCUGGGUAUCCUAAGCCAGACAUGGAUGCUGUGGAGCCGUCUUAUGAACUCAUCCACACCCAACUGAAGACUCAAGAAUGGGACAAUAGCAAGUCGAUCCUGGGAGUGCAGUGUGAGGUGCAGAAGCAACUGAAGGCUUUCGUCACCCUGGAGCGCUUUGAGCAGAUCUACAGCUCCAGCAUCGCCGGCUGCCACGAAACCAAGGAGAACCACAACUUUGCCUCGGGGGGCUCCGUCAUCGGCAAAGGGGUCAAGUUCGCCAUGAAAGACGGCAGGGUGGCCACGGACAUCAUCAGCACGGCCAACGAAGACGGGCGGAGGGUUGCGGCCAUACUCAACAACGCCCACUACCUAGACGACUUGCACUUCACCGUCGAGGGCGUGGACACCCACUACUUCGUCAAGCAAGGGCCGUCGGACGGAGACUUGUCCAUCCUGGGCCUCAGCGGCGGCAGGAGGACCCUAGAGAACGGCGUCAAUGUCACCGUCUCCCAAAUCAACACGGUGCUCAACGGAAGGACUAGACGUUACACGGACAUCCAGCUCCAGUACGGAGCACUGUGCCUGAACACCCGGUACGGGACGACCUUGGACGAGGAAAAGACCCGCGUGCUGGAGCUGGCCAGGCAGCGAGCGGUUGCCCAAGCCUGGGCGCAGGAGCAGCAGAGACUGCGGGACGGGGAGGAGGGGACACGCUCCUGGACAGAAGGGGAGAAGCAGCAGUUGCUGAGCACAGGGCGGGUUCAGGGCUACGACGGCUACUUUGUGAUCUCGGUGGAGCAGUACCCCGAACUCUCAGACAGCGCCAACAACAUUCAUUUCAUGAGACAGAGCGAGAUGGGCAGGAGGUGACAGGGAGGGUCGGCACAUUGACUUCUUGCCAAAGACAGCUACUCUUUUGUGGCCGCAUACCAGACUGUGUUGUACUCAAUCCUCUUUUUCUUUUUUUUUCAAAGAAACAGUGAUGAAAAAGGUUGGGGUGGAAUGAUAAUACAGUUGCACUGUAACUCAUGCAACAUCCUAUUGUUUUAUUUUUCUCUCUCUAAAAUUGGCCUUCUCACCCAUUACUGUUAUCAUUUCCCUCCAUGCACACACGCACGCAAACACACACACAAACACGGACCAGAAGGUAUAUUUCACCUUUGUGUGAGCACGGUGGAAAUCCUGUGUCCUUUUCGUCCAUCCUUCUCCCCUUCCCCUUUGUGCAACGUUCUGAAAAAUCGGGGGAUUUGUCCAUGCAAAACCCGUUAGGUUUCUUCGUGCGGCGAGAGAAGGGUCUCUGCGUAAGUUCCGCGCAAACCCUGUUUGGGUUGAAAAAGAAGAAAAGGCGAAAGAAGAAGAGGGGGGGGAAUGCGAGCUCUCAGCAUCCUGCGCUGCACACAGCAAAGUGAAGAGGAAGCAGCCGUAGACUGUUCUGAAUCUUCUUUACGUGAUAAGCGUGAGCCUCCAAUUGAGAACUUGCAGGUCAUUUUCACACUUCACACUCGUUUCUGGGCCACCCUGCAGCUCAGAAGUAGCCGGGCAAGGCGAAAUAGCUGCGUCUUAUAGACUUGCCAGAUGAGUCUUUUCCCUUCCCGAGACGGAAAUAAUCUCUUUUUUUAUUUUUUUUAAAUGAGUCUUUUUUACUACGAUAGGCUAUUUUGUUCACCGGUUUGGUUUGGGUUUUUUGUGUGAGUGCGACAGAGUACGUAUCGCUGCAAAUCUUCCUUGCUUCUUUUUGUUUGUUUGUUUUUCUAUUAGUUUGAAACCCCAUUUCAGACUGGGCUGGGGGGUUUCCCAUGGUGUGGGGGUUGGGAGAGAUUGACGCUCUACUAGAAUAAAUUUUCUUGCACAUGCUGUUGGAUGGGGGGAAAGCACCUAUGAUGUAUAUUUGUCAAAUGGCAAAACCUUCCUUAAAUAUAUAGUAUUUCUGUACACCA